UAAAAGCUUUGUUUUAAAGAAAACAUUUACGUCAUGAAUCUGACUACUCCACGUGCCUUCGAUGAUGAAGCUAAAUUAUCUGCAAACUUGACCUGGACAUGCCAAAGUUAAAAUAAAGUGCACGCUGCGUCCAACCGAAAAUGUAUAAAAGAGACUCCAGAACGGGCAAGUUGUUACAGAAGUAAAAGAAGCAUGAGAAACGCACAGUUAUCGCCGCGGGUUGCCGUCGCAGCACUGAUAGCAGCAGUCUGUGCAGUUUGGCUAUCAGAAGUAUCACACGCAAAAACUAUAGAUGAACUUAUCAAGAGUGCAGCAAAGAAAAACAAGGCUUUAGAACUAUUUCAAGAUGACAAUGUAGUUCUACGCGAAUUAGACAUUUUAGAGCUGAAGAAGGUCUAUCUCGCACUCACAAGAGCCCGGGAGGAGGAAUUUGGUCCUCCAGACAAGAAUGAUAACGACCGGGAGAAACGAAGACGAAAAAAGAGGAAAGGCAUACGGGAUAGACGACUACGGUGGACAAAUAAUAUAGUCCCGUACACCAUCUCGUCGGUGAUGACUGCCUCAGAUCGCACAGCCAUACAGCAGGCCUUCAACGACUGGAAUACAUACACAUGCAUCCAGUUCAAGCCGAGAACAAAUGAAAGGAAUUACAUACACUUGCAAAAUGGAGCCGGGUGUUCUUCAUAUGUUGGGAUGUUAGGUCGAGGUCAACAACCAGUUAACUUGGCUCGAGGAUGCAGAUCGAAAGGAAUAAUCAUCCAUGAAUUGGGCCACGCAAUCGGCUUCAACCACGAGCAGACGAGAUACGACCGGAGAAAGUAUGUCACCAUCCUCAGGAAGAACAUUCCAGAACAUCUUUUUUACAAUUUUAGGAGAUAUCCAAAGUCUUAUACUAAUACGCACGGCCUACCAUAUGACUACGACAGCGUCAUGCAUUAUGGGCAAUAUGCCUUUUCUACCAAUGGGCGUCGGACCAUUAUAACCAAGGAUAAAACAAAGCAGAAUACGAUCGGAAACAGAUUUGGGCUUAGUUUCGGCGAUGUCAAAUUAGCAAACGCCAUGUACAGAUGCGAUAGCGGCUGCACCAACAAACCCAGGUGCCCCUCCCCGGGCUUCGUGGACAAAAAUUGCCGUUGUAGCUGUCCAGGAACUAGAAGUGGCGUUCCAGUGCAACCCUGCGGUUAAAGUCCCCGAACUUAAGUGUUCCAUGCGUUGACGAGAACGUCUUCUGUCCUUCCUGGUGGAGAAUGGGAGAAUGCACCAAGAAUCCCAAUUACAUGCUUGUAAGCUGUCGACGUUCGUGUGGACAGUGCUUCUUAUUGUCGAGUUUAUCCUAUCAUUAUUUUUUUUUCAUUUCGCAACAGAAAUUAAUUUGAUUUCUUAUAAA